CGGUCGACCAAGCGAACCGAAAGGGCGAAAUAAGCCGGCGGUUUAUCAAGAUCCCCACCCCGCCACCCAGAUUUCUUCCACUCUGUUCUCUCAGAAGUUUCUCUUCUCCGAUUCACCUAGGGCGAAAGUUGCCCAAAUGGCCUGCUUGUUCAAAUCUAUUCCAUCGGGCAUGACCAUAUAUGCCUUAAGUUCAGCAUCAAAUAUACUAUUGAAGAAGUCCAGGAUUCCCGCUCGAAGAUACUCGCCAAAUUCCUUCAGAAUUCGUGCAGCACAGGGCGAUGAAAGCCCUCGAAGGUUGAUCGAUAUCAUCCGUAUUGUCCCUGAGAUCUCGAGAAACUACUUCAGAAGCCGUUCUCGGCGGGCAUUGUUCGGCGGAAUCUCUUUGUUAGGUGGGUUCUAUGUUGCACAAACUAUUUCUCUGUCUUUUGGUGCUCUUGGUGUUAAUGAUGUGAUAGCUGCAGUUGUAUGUGUUCUUCUAACUGAGUAUGUGACCAGAUUUUACUAUAGUAGAUCCCAGGUCACUUUUUCUCUUGCAUUACUCAACAAUUUUAAGAUGGGUUUCACUUAUGGUUUGUUCAUUGAUGCUUUCAAGCUUGCUAGCUGAGAUCAGAUUGCUUAAUCUGGACAGUUAUUGCCUUAUUUUAUAAGCUCUUAAUGUACAGAAACUCCUCAAUAUAGCUUAAUAUUUAAUUUUAUGUCAAUGCAU